CAACAAUCGAAACGGCCCAACAGCCUCCUCGCUGCGCACGCCCAGUACUCCAUAUCCUCCCCAUUACUCUCUCGUUGGCGCCUGGUACUCGGCGCACACAUCAACCUAUCCUGAAGUUAUAGAUUCCUGGGCGAUAUCGCCCUGCACCACCGCUCCCCGAGGUUAUCUCCCAUCGAGAUAUUUCCUUGGAUAAUUCGAGCCCAAUGCCCAUGACGAUCAGAAUAGACCACGAACAAUCGCCUGCCACAAGUUCGUCCAGAUCAGUAUCGGACUCGAUUACCGACGAAGAAGAAUUCUCAUCGGGCUCUUGGGACCAGGUCUACGAGGACGAUAUUGAGCCGUCCGAUUCAGCAUCGCAUUCACAUACCUCGAGCCGUCGGCCACAGGCCCCUCCGUCCGGUCGACCGAGUCGCCGACACACAACCACUGAGAGGUCAACUCAUCGUCCAUCUGCAGCGCGCGUUCACCGGCAGGCGCCACUGCCACCCCCAUCAAGCGUGGAUCCAGACGAUUAUCCAGGCUAUGGCCGCGGCUAUCCUGCACCACCAUCAGCACCACCAUAUGCUGGUAGGGUAGGCCCAAGCUAUGCCCCUAGUGCCUUUUCCAGCCCUCCUGCUGGGGGAUACGCGCCCCCAUUUGGGGCUCCUGGUGCGUUGACGCAUUACGGACCCCCAGCAGGCUAUCAAUAUCCCUCCUCGAAUCCAUUUGCGCCACAGCCUGCGCCGAGUCCCGGGGGGGCUGGGUAUUUCAAUGGUGGUCAUCACCCAAUGUCUGCAUACGGCGCGCCUCCUCCACCUCAUGCGGGCCAUGAGAUGAUGCCUUAUCCUCAAAUGCCUGGAUAUGGCUAUCCAGGCUAUCCUCCACCCGGAAUGCCUCCACAGCACCUGGGUUACUACCCUCCACAAUGGCCGCCUAGCGACCCCUCCGUGGUGGGCGAUCCAGAGAUGGAGAAGAAAAUGCUGGCAAUCGAAGAGAAAAUGAAAAGUCAAGCCCUCGACUUUGAAAAGGCCCAGAAAGAAAUUGCAGCUAGGGAUGCAGCAGCUGCAGCUAGGGAAGCGGCUGAAGCAGCAGCGAAACAGGCAGCUGAAGCUAAAGCCGAAGCCGAUAGAAAGGCUGCAGAGGAGAAGGCAGCUUGGGAGAAGAAACUUGAGGAAGAGAAGAAAGCUGCUCAGAAGCUGGGUGCAGAGAAUGCAAGGAAGCAGAUUGAGGCGGAAAGGAAAAAGGCGGAGGAGAAGGCUGCAGAAGAGAAGGCCAAAGCUGAUGCUAAGGCUGCUGUAGAAAAGGCCGAGGCGGACGCAAAAGCGGCAGUUGAGAAAGCCGAGGCAGAACGAAAGGAAGCAAUCGCGAAGGCUGAAAAGGAGUCGAAAGAAGCGGUAGAAAAGGCUGAACGGGAAUCAAAGGAGGCCGUCGAGAAGGCCGAAAAGGAGGCAAAAGAGGCGGUGGCUAAGGCCGAAAAGGAAGCCAAAGAAGCUGUGGAAAAGGCGCUGGCUCCGAAAGACGACAAAAAGAAGCCAAUCAAGUUCAAGGAUGCAGUUGGCAGGAAAUUCAGCUUCCCAUUUCAUCUGUGUGCGACUUGGCAGGGAAUGGAGGAGUUGAUAAAGCAAGCUUUCUUGCACGUUGAUAUCAUUGGUCCUCAUGUAGCGGAAGGUCAUUACGAUCUCAUCGGCCCAAAUGGAGAGAUCAUUCUUCCACAGGUGUGGGAAACAAUGAUUGAACCGGAUUGGUCUAUAACUAUGCAUAUGUGGCCUAUGCCUGAACCUCCUCGAGGUCCGCCCGCUCCCCCACCGGGACCCCCAUUCGAACGUCCUCGAAGUCGGCACGAGCACGGCCGAACCCGUCCUCCCGGUGCUCCGCCUCCAGCGAACGGUAACAGAGGCCCGCCCGGCCCUCCCCCGCCAUGGCCACCAGGAGGUGGGCCACCACCUCCCAGACCAGGGGGCGGUGGCCCGGGUGGUCCCCCAGUCAUUGUGAGUGUAGCUCCAUCUGCACCAAAGACUAGUCGAAAGAAAGCCGAGCCUGCGAAAGGGGUGUUAGGGUGGAUGGCAGGGAAGCCAGCUAAGUCGUCGGGAAAAGGUCCAAAAAAACCUGAACAAAAUGCGGCUUGUCACGUCAUGUGA